AUUUUUCUCAUUUUCUGCAUUGAUGAACCAAAAGGUUUACGGGGAUGCCACAGAGUGAGGACGAGAAAGAAAAGUUCGCUUUCCUCGGUGGAUAGCUCUUGCUCACAAUUUCGAAGCUUUAAUUCAAUAAUUUUUCCGCGUUUCGAACCCCAAAACAGAAGGGAAAGUCUCUUCAUUGAAGAUAGAUAGAUGUAUUUCCACUGACAACGUUGUCAAGUAACGAAAAUGCUGCUUCUUCAAACUGUUGUCUCGACGCUUUUCACCUGCUUCUUUAAAGUGAAAUGGACCGAGUUACAUUGACCCAUAAAACUAAAACCCAAAGCAAGGGCGUUGAUUGAUUGAUUCAGGGCUUAGCCUCCCUCCACGGUGGCAGAUCGAAGCCGGGUACGGUGGUUUCAUGGUUGGUUUUUGUGUGUUGAUGGGCAGAGCAGAGCUGAGCAGUGAACAACAAACCAAGUGGUUGCUGGUCGCUGUUUUCUGUUUAUCAAAUGAAAUGAAAUCAUGGGCAUCAACAACUUACUCAUAUCCUGGUUUUUAUUGAUUUCGUUCUUAAAUUCAUCUUCCCAAAAUUGCUUAUAGUUGAAGAUGCUUGGAGUGAGAAAGCUCAAAACAGGGCCUGAUAUCCCUUUGGUUUUAAGUGUCAUGGUUGCUAAUUGCAAUUAUAGAACAGCCCAAGUUUCCAGUGGCAAAAGUGUCAGGUAUAUUGUUAAGUCGGCUGUCUCUUGUUUAGUUAAAUCAAGUUCAUCAGCAUUUCUACUGGGAUCAGGGAAUAAAUUUUCUCUUCAAGGACUAUAUUUCUCUAGUGUGGCUGAAAGAAUCCUGGUCCAUGCUCAAGACCCUGCCAAAGUUAGUUUGGAGAUACAAAAUGCUAUCGAUUUGAAUCAAUUAGAUUAUUCGUGGAAAUUAUUGGAGCAGCAUAUGCACAUGGAGGGGUUUCCCAGAAAAUCAGUCAUCAGUAAGCUUGUAACAAGCUAUGUGGACAGCCUUGAUACGAAAUUGCUAGGAAAGGCUUAUGAGUUGGUAGAACGUGCUAUUGAGAAAGGUAGACAAGAUUUGUUGGAAAAGGAUGUACUUAUCUACCUCAGCUUUGGCCUUGCAAAAGCCAGACUACCAGUUCCAGCAUCAACCAUUUUAAGAAAGAUGAUAGAUAUGGAGCAUUUUCCCUCAGUCACUGCUUGGUCUGCAGUUUUAGCGCACAUGUCACAAACAGCAGAAGGAAGUUACCUUGCUGCGGAGUUGAUUCUUGAAAUAGGUUAUUUAUUCCAGAACAAUAGAAUAGAUCCGCGUAAAAGGAGCAAUGCACCUUUGAUAGCCAUGAAGCCAAACAGUGCUGCUUUUAGCAUUGCUUUGGCAGGGUGCCUCCUAUUUGAGUCAUCUAGGAAGGCAGAACAGCUUCUGGAUAUGAUGCCUCGAAUUGGUGUCAAAGCAGAUGCACACUUACUGAUAAUAAUGGCACGUGUAUACGAGAGAAAUGGGCGAAGGGAAGAGCUCAAGAAGCUGCAAAGGCACAUAGAGGAAGCCCCAAAUCUAACUGAUUUACAGUUUCGACAUUUCUAUAAUUGUUUAUUGACAUGCCAUUUGAGAUUUGGGGAUCUAGAUUCUGCAUCAAACAUGGUUUUGGAAAUGCUUAGGAAAGCAAAGGAAGCAAGAAAUUCUCUUGCAGCUGCCAAAUUUAUGAUGAAUGCCGAUGGAAUUGACCAUAACCGUUCUCCGGAAUUGGCUUCUGUCCAUAGUUUGAACAAGAUUAAAGAUUUAGAUAGUUUACAAAAUAACAGGUCAAAUUCAAGUGCUGUAUUAUCUUAUGAGGAGUUCUCUAAAGAUAGGAACUUCUCAAAGCUUGAGGCAGAGUCCAAAGCUAUACUUGAUUCUUUAUUAUCAAAGUUGCAGAUGCGGGUGGACUUGAUCACAACCAAGCAUGGUAUAUUGCAGCCAACUGAAACAAUUUAUGUAAAAUUAGUUAAAGCUAUGCUAGAAGCUGGCAAGACCAAAGAUUUAGCUGUAUUUCUUCUCAAGGCAGAAAGAGAAGAUUCUCCAUUUUCCAAUGACAAUUCAGCUUUGGUUCAUGUUAUUAACGCGUGCAUCUCACUUGGAUGGCUGGACCAAGCACAUGAUCUCCUGGAUGAAAUGCGUCUAGCCGGAGUUAGAACUGGUUCAUCUGUAUACUCCUCUCUUUUGAAAGCAUAUUGCAGAGCGAAUAGGGUGGCAGAUGUCACAUCGCUUCUGAGAGAUGCUAAGAUAGCUGGUAUCCAGCUUGACUCAAGCUCUUAUGAGGCAAUGAUCCAAUCCAGAGUUCUCCAGCAAGACACACAGGGUGCACUCCAACUUUUUAAAGAGAGGAAAGAGGCUAGAAUUCCAAGAGUCACUCAACAAAACUCUGGCAUGAUGGCUAAAGAUGGAGCGGAUACUGAAGAAGCUGGGCUAAUGACCAAGCUGUUACAGGAAAUCAAGGAAGGGCAGAAAGUGGACUGUGGAGUGCAUGACUGGAAUAAUGUAAUCCACUUUUUUUGCAAGAAGAGACUGAUGCAAGAUGCAGAAAAGGCUCUAAAGAAAAUGAGAAGCUUAGGCCACUUACCAAAUGCUCAAACUUUCCAUUCUAUGGUCACAGGGUAUGCUGCCACUGGAGGAAAAUAUCAAGAGGUGACAGAGCUGUGGGGUGAGAUGAAAGGUCUUGCUUCUUCUGUCUCCAUGACGUUUGAUCAGGAACUUCUUGAUUCUGUGUUGUAUACGUUUGUAAGGGGUGGAUUCUUCGUUCGAGCCAAUGAAGUUGUGACCAUGAUGGAAAAAGGAAACAUGUUUAUUGACAAAUACAAGUACCGAAUGCUGUUCUUGAAAUACCAUAAAUCACUUUACAAAGGGAAGGCUCCGAAAUUUCAGACAGAAUCCCAACUAAGCAAAAGGGAAGCAGCCCUGGCUUUUAAAAGGUGGAUAGGCUUGACUUGAUGAAAGUUUCAAACCAAGUCAAGGCACUAGCUCUUGCAAGUUUCAAAAUCCAAACCAUCAACUUCAUAACUUGUGGCUGUAUAAUUUUUGUUCUAUCUCCGCUCAUGUUUGAAGGUUUAACACUAAUGUAUUGCCAAUGUGAAUAAACCAACAUCUUAUUUUGUGUAGAAAAUUUAAGUUACACAUCUUCA